UCCCCCCGCGCCCCCAGUGCCCCCCGCACCAUGGCCAAGGAAGGCGUGGAAAAGGCGGAGGAGACGGAGCAAAUGAUCGAGAAGGAGACAGGCAAGGAGCCUGCGGAGGGCGGCGGCGGCUCGCACCGACUCGGGGACACCCAGGAGAUGCGCGCUGUGGUGCUCGCAGGCUUCGGGGGGCUCAACAAGCUGCGAGUCUCCAGGAAGGCCAUGCCCGAGCCGCAGGACGGCGAGCUCAAGAUCCGCGUCAAAGCCUGUGGUUUAAACUUCAUUGACUUGAUGGUGCGACAAGGGAAUAUUGACAACCCUCCCAAGACUCCUCUGGUGCCAGGUUUUGAGUGUUCGGGGAUUGUGGAAGCUCUGGGGGACAGCGUGAAAGGAUACGAGAUCGGGGACCGUGUCAUGGCAUUUGUCAAUUACAACGCCUGGGCAGAGGUGGUCUGCACGCCCGUGGAGUUUGUCUACAAGAUCCCCGACGACAUGAGCUUCUCUGAGGCUGCUGCUUUCCCCAUGAACUUCGUCACAGCCUACAUGAUGCUGUUUGAAGUCGCCAACCUCCGAGAAGGGAUGUCUGUGCUCGUGCACUCGGCUGGUGGCGGCGUGGGCCAAGCUGUGGCUCAGCUGUGCUCCACUAUCCCCAAUGUGACUGUCUUUGGAACAGCUUCUACUUUCAAGCAUGAAGCCAUCAAAGACUCCGUGACCCACCUCUUUGACCGAAAUGCAGACUAUGUGCAAGAAGUGAAAAGAAUCUCUGCGGAAGGAGUGGACAUUGUUUUGGAUUGCCUCUGUGGGGACAACACCGGCAAAGGUCUCAGCCUUCUCAAACCCCUGGGGACCUACAUUCUAUAUGGUUCAUCCAACAUGGUGACUGGAGAGACCAAGAGCUUCUUUAGCUUUGCAAAAUCAUGGUGGCAGGUGGAGAAAGUGAACCCCAUCAAGCUAUAUGAAGAGAACAAAGUCAUCGCAGGGUUUUCCCUUUUAAAUCUGCUCUUCAAACAGGGCCGCGCAGGCCUCAUUCGAGGAGUGGUGGACAAACUCCUAGGGCUCUACACCCAGAAGAAGAUCAAGCCCACUGUGGACUCCCUGUGGGCCCUGGAGGAGGUGAAGGAGGCCAUGCAGCGGAUCCAUGACCGAGGGAACAUUGGCAAGUUAAUUCUGGAUGUAGAGAAGACCCCGACUCCACUGAUGGCCAAUGAUAGCACGGAGACCAGCGAGGCUGGAGAAGAGGAGGAGGACCAUGAGGGGGACAGCGAGAACAAGGAGCGGAUGCCCUUUAUCCAGUAACCCAGGACCUGGACAGAAGAACGAAGGAUGGUUUGAAAGAAGAGGAGCCACUGAAGAAAGCUCUUCUGUGCCCCAGUGAACAAAUGCUGUAGUCCAGUGCGUGUUGUGUUUGUCUGCAGUCAGCUGAGCUAAAAAGCUUUGAUCACUGUUGUUUUUUGAAAUUAAGUGCCAACCCCAUUCCAUGCAGUGUUAUGUCCCUUCCCCUCUGUGUAUUACACUCUCCUAUCUCCUGUUUCAAAACCAUCCAUCUUUGACUCCUUCUCGAUGGUUCUAGAACAGUCUGAUUAACACAAGCCCACAGGCCCCAUGCCUAGGAGACUAGACAUGGGCAAAGACAAGUUUGGAUUGAAAGGUGUCAUCACAGAGCACUAUCCAGAUCCUAGAAUUCUUCAGGCCAAUAACACUUUUCACUGCCAACCACCCAUGCCUCUGAUGAGAGCACUUGCCGAUUUGGCUGGCAGAAUGAGAAUAGGCCAGAUGAUUUCAUGAGCCCAUAGAUUUAUGAUCUCUUCGAAUAGUACUUUCCCUCUCCCCCAACUUCCUUCAACUGCUUUAUGGUCAGAAGGUUGAACUGCUGUCCUCCCGCCCUCUGAUGCUCAAUCCCUUCACUGGUUCUUAUCCAUAAACACAGGGAAACAGAUGUGAAGUUUUCAGGAUAAAAGAUGGGUCAACAGCAUGUGUUUGAAGACCAGCCACAGAGAUUUCUUUCUGAGACCACAUCUCAUGAGCAAAAUCCUCUCCUCUCUACACCACAUACUGUAUUUUAGUUUUAAGAAAACUCACCACAUGUGAGUCUAUUUCGGAAAUCAUUACUGAGAAUCACCUGUGUUUGCACACUUGCUUUUGGUAUUACCAAUUUUGCUACAUUCAUUUCCUAGAAGUGAACAGCCACGUUUACCGUGGAUCCCCCAAGGAAGACCUCCGUGGUAGACCAUAUUUGGGGAAAAAAAAUCAAUGAGCAUCCUUUUACUUGCCAAAGCAUGUUCCAACAUGUAACAAAUUCUAGUGGUAUAAGAAUUCAGUAUCAGAUGCCAAAUAUGUGGUUCCUCUCCUCUGAAAUAUAAAAUUAUGCUGCAGAUUCUUUGCAGGGACCCUGCAUUGAGCAAACUGGGGACCAAACUCUUUGAUUACACACCUUUGUUCAAUUUUCCAGCUCCUACUUCUAAGAAACCCUGCCCUUGGCCCCACCCGACUUGGCAUGGCUGAGGUGAACAGUUCCCCUGCAGGAAGAGAAAGAGGCUCAAUGUCUCCACAAGGGGGCUCCGCAUUCCCUCCUCCCAAAAGGGUGACUCCAUUCCUCCUAAACCAAACUGGGAACACAAGAAGCCCACAGGGUUAGCACCCAGCUCACUUUACAUUCUGGAAGAUAUUGGGGGGCGGGGGGGUCCACAUUGCCCGAUCUCUCCACCAACGAGCCCUAAGGGUAGACCAACUCUUCCUCAACGUGAUGAAAAAUGCAUUUCAGCAAUUACCUAUUUUCAUUUUCAGUCCUUUUGUAACAAAUAUUUAUCUGAGGGGAGAGUCUCUCGUUGUGAAUGUCCAUGUGAAAUAUGAAGAAAGGGUGCUGCCAUCUCAUGUGAAGAGAUGAGAGUAUCUCAAAGAGGACACAACAUCCUCUUCUCCCUGUACCCCAGGACUCCCCAGCAUCCCAGUUCUGUGCCAUUUAGAGAGAUGAUGUUGAGAUGUUAUCCCAACACCUUUGCCAAAUGCUGCAUUUUUGGUCAUUCUUCCUCCCACAACCAAGUUGACAAUGGGGUCUUAAGAAGACCAUUUCUUCCAUUUUGUCCAGCUACCCAAGUGACAUUCUGGUGAGCUGGACAGAAAUGGCAUUUUCUAGGGCUGGGGGAGCAAAGAGCCACUGGCCGUAUGAGGGCUCUCCUCGGCCAGGUGAGUGGGACCCCACAUUCUUGUUACAUCCAGAGGAGAAGCCAAAAAAGUAAUUCCUCCCCAAAUCUAUUUUCUCAACUAGCAAGAUUAAUAGAAUAAUCACAAAAAAUGCCAGUUGGUUAAAAAAAAACAACCCUUCUGUCUCCUCAGAAUACAGAAUGAGAAACCUAGAGUUUGACCAAUAUGAUCAAUUAAGUGCCACGAAAAACAGGAAAACAAGAGAAUCAAAACGAUCUGUGUAUUGCACUCUCAUCCCAAGCACCUUCUUUCCCCUCAUGUGAUGGUUUUCUGAAGGAGGUUUAAGAAGGUAACAGUUUGCCUUAAAGGAACUGUGAAGGCUUCUCUGUAAUCUAAGCAUGAUUGGAGAGAAUUGCAACAUUGUCUAAUGUAUUUGUGGCUUUAGAGCUUUUGUUAUAUUGUGCCUACAAAGCAAAUUAUGUUUACACAAAAAUAUAAAUAAAGUAUUCAGCAUAGCAUAA